AUGGCAUCACAAAUUCAUUUUUUGGAUAUAAAGGGGAAAUCCCUUUUAUCAAGAGAUUAUAAGGGGGACAUAGCAUCCAAUGCCAUAGAAGAUUUCCCGUUAUUAUUGUUAGAUAUGGAAAAUAACGAAGAUGAAUCAAAUUAUAAACCUUUCAUAAAUUACAAAGGAAUCAAUUAUGUUUUCAUUCAACAUAAAAAUUUAUAUUUGUGUGGAUUAACUAGUAAGAAUGAAAAUAUCAUGUCAAUAAUCAUCUUCUUAUCCAAAUUGAUUGAAGUUUUAACCCAAUAUUUCAAACAUUUGGAAGAAGAAUCUAUCAGAGAUAAUUUUGUUAUUAUUUAUGAAUUGUUAGAUGAAAUGAUGGAUUAUGGUAUACCUCAAACCACUGAUACUAAGAUCUUGAAAGAAUACAUUACUCAAAAUUACUAUAAAUUGAUCAAAAAUACCCCAUCAAGAAUUGUUCAACCACCAAAUGCUGUCACUAAUUCAGUUAGUUGGAGAAAAGAUGGAAUCUUUUAUAAAAAGAAUGAAGCAUUUUUAGAUGUUAUUGAAAGUAUAAAUAUGUUAAUUAAUGCUAACGGACAAGUUUUGAAUAGUGAAAUCUUAGGAGAUGUUAAAAUUAAAUCUCAUUUAAGUGGUAUGCCAGAUUUGAGAUUAGGAUUGAAUGAUAAAGGAAUUUUCAAUAAUGAAGAAUCAAAUUCCAAAGGUAUAGAAAUGGAAGAUAUUAAAUUUCAUCAAUGUGUAAGAUUAUCGAAAUUUGAAAAUGAGAGAAUCAUUACUUUUAUACCACCAGAUGGUGAAUUUACUUUAAUGUCUUAUAGAUUAUCAUCCACACAAUUUUUAAUGAAACCAUUGAUUGCCGUCAAUUGUAAAACAAAGAUUCAUAAACAUUCAAGAAUUGAAAUUUUAUGUUCAACUAAAACUCAAAUUAAGAAGAAAUCAACUGCUAAUAAUGUUGAAAUUAUAAUUCCUAUACCUGAUGAUGCUGAUACUCCUAAAUUUUUCCCUGAAUAUGGAACUGUUAAAUGGGUACCUGAAAAAUCUUGCAUUAUUUGGAAAUUAAAGACAUUCCCUGGUGGUAAACAAUACCAUAUGAAAGCUGAAUUAGGUUUACCAGCUGUUGAUAGUACUGAAGAUCUCAUUUUGAAAAAACCUAUCAAAGUAAAUUUCCAAAUUCCUUAUUUCACAACUUCAGGUAUUCAAGUGAGAUAUUUAAGAAUUAAUGAACCAAAAUUACAAUAUCAAUCAUAUCCAUGGGUAAGGUAUAUUACUCAAUCAGGUGAAGAUUAUACUGUUAGAACAAAAUAA